AUGGAUAGCAAUAAAAAUGUUAUCAAAUGGAACUUAUAUAACACUAGUAGACUGUUUGUGGUCAUUGCCAGCACUGGUAUCCUAAUAGCAAUGCUAACAUUGAGUUUGUGCCGCAAAUAUCUAUGGGCUAACAGUCCCAGCACUGCAUACAUCAUAGCAGUUGCCAUUCAAACCAUUACACGACUAUCUCUUUGUUCUGUGUUUUUCGUCCACCGAUUGACCGACAUUACGACCAGUGGUUGGAUUUGGUUAUACCUAUUAGUAGAUACAAUUUUAAGUGGUCUAUCAGUGGCUACAUAUGCUACACAUAAUAUGCUAGAAAAUUAUGAAUUUAUACUCUAUUGUAUAAACUUUGCGCUAACUGUUUGUCUAUUAAUCUACUGUACAUUUGCUGAUCAAUUGCUACCAGAAAAUAGCAACAAUAAUACAGAUACUGAUCAUGACUUAUGGAUCAAACAUAUUGUUUGUCCAAAAUCGGGCGCAUCCUAUGCAUCGCGCAUAACCUAUCAGUGGGUAAAUCGGCUACUAUUGAAAGGUUGGCUAAACAAGUCACUAGUAUUUGAUGAUCUAUGGGCACUGAGCCGGGAGGACAGUAGUGUCUAUAACUAUAAGCGCUUUUUGAAACAAUGUUUAAUGAUUCAGUUUAUUGAAGAUCCCGGUGCUCCCCAAUGGCACGGCUAUGUCUAUACUGUACUAUUGGUUAUCAUAAAUGUAUUUGCUUCAAUUGUCCAGGCAAUGUUUAACGAGUAUAUCGGUGCUACAUGUUUACGUAUUAAAUCGUGUCUAACAUCAGCCGUCUAUCGCAAGUCACUAGUGCUGAGCAAUAGUGCCAAACGGCGCACACCUACCGGUGAAAUAGUCAACAUUAUGGCCAUUGAUUGCCAACGAAUUAGCGAGCAAGCCGUCAAUCUGAUUACAAUACUAUCAAAUCCUAUUCAACUGAUAAUAGCCGUCUAUUUGUUAUACCAACAGUUAGGUGUGGCCGCAUUUGCCGGCAUAAUAUAUAUGUUUGUAUCGUUAAUUUUGAAUGUUUUAGUCGGUUUAUUUACUUUACAAUUGAAUAAACAAAUGAUGUCAAUCAAAGACAAACGUCAAAACUUGAUGAACGAAAUAUUGAACGGAAUUAAAGUUUUAAAAUUGUAUGCCUGGGAGGAGGCGUUUAUGGGUUUAGUUGAAAAAAUUAGGACCAAAGAGUUGGACAAAUUUAUUUCAAUUGGCCAAUCGAUUACCGUUUAUGUUGUAUUAAGUUUUACCAGUCCAGCAAUCGUCCAAUUGAUUACCUAUUGUACGUAUGUGGCCAUCAAUAAGGGUGACCAACUGAACCAAUUGAAUGCAUCCAAAAUAUUUGUAUCACUGGCAUUGUUUAAUUUGAUCAGUAAUAGUAGUAAUAAUAAUACAAAUAAUAUAAAACCGAUUUUACAUAAUAUUAAUCUCAAAGUAAUUGACGGCCAGUUUAUGGCAAUAGUAGGCAGUGUCGGGUCCGGUAAGAGUUCACUGAUGUCGGCCCUGUUUGGCGAUAUGGAUCUGAUUGGCAGUAAUGGUAGAGUCAAUGUUAGACCAGAUAUUAGUGUAGCCUAUGUUCCACAACAGGCCUGGAUAUUGAACUGUACGGUCAAAGAGAAUAUAUUGUUUGGUAAACCCAUGGAUCAGGAAUUGUAUGACCGGGUGCUCGACACGUGUGCACUCAGAGAGGACUUACUACAGUUGUCCGACGGCGACGAGACAGAGAUCGGCGAAAAGGGCGUUAAUCUGAGUGGCGGUCAAAAACAAAGAGUCAGUUUAGCCCGAGCUGUCUAUUCCGGUGCCGAUCUAUACCUACUCGACGAUCCACUUUCUGCCGUGGACAGUCAUGUGGCCAAACAUAUUGUCAGAAAAGUACUCGACUCGAGAACCGGUAUUCUAAGCAAUAAAACCCGUUUAUUAGUAACAAAUCAAUUGUUUGUAUUACCCGAUGUCGACCUAAUUGUUGUCAUAAAAGACGGCAUAAUUACAAGUGUCGGUACUUAUGAUAAUCUAUUGGAAAAUGAUUGUUAUUUUUUCGAUUUAAUUCAACAAUAUUUAGCUGAAAGUAGUAGUAGUAGUAGUGAUAAAAUUCCAGAUAAUAUUAAUAUAGAUUAUUAUAAUAUAUAUAUGAAAUAUGCCAAACAUUUAGGUUCGUACUGUUCAAUGGGUUAUCUAUUGUCAAUAAUCACAUACAAUGGCCUACAAAUUGGAUCAUCGUUUUGGUUGACAAUAUUUAGCAACAAUAUUGGCGGCCAACCAUCACCACCACCACCAUCAUCAUCAUCAUCAACAUCAGCAUCGGUUGGCUCAGGAAUGGCUUCCGACCACUACUACUAUUUGGCAAUAUUUAGUGCAUUUAUUGGCUGUUCAAUUGUUACACUAACGCUUAGCCGUUUGUUUAUAAUCUACGGUAUAUGUCGGGCCUCCACUCGUCUACACCGGCAACUGUUGUCGAGUGUAAUGCAUUCACCGAUGAAUUACUUCGAUAGGACACCAAUCGGCCGACUGAUGAACCGAUUUGGUAACGACACCGAUGUAUUGGAUCGCUUACUACUGUUUAAUAUCAACUUAGAGUCGACCACCCGAUCGCCAAUAUAUUCACAUUUUGGUCAAACACUUGACGGUGUGUCAAGCAUUAGAGCUUACGGCUGUACCGAUCGGUUUGUACGGGAAUCCAAUAGACGAGUAGACAUCAAUCAGAUGUGUCUCUAUCCUAAUGUUGUGGCAAACAGUUGGCUAAAAAUUUGGUUGACAUCACUCAGCAAUUGUUUGCUAUUUUUUGCCGCAAUGUUUGCCGUACUGGGGAAAGGCAGUCUAACCGGCAGCGAUAUAGGACUAUCCCUAUCCUAUGCAAUGUCGUUGACCAUAAUGUUAGACCAGUUUAUCAAAGGGUUUUCACUGUUGGAAAACAAUAUGGUUUCAGUCGAACGUAUUGACGAAUACUGUCGAUUGGAAAGUGAAUCCGAUUGGCAUCGAUGUGAUGAUGACUACCCGUUAGCCGAUAACUGGCCCGAUAGGGGAUCAGUUAGGUUUGAGAGUUAUGCCACUAGAUAUAGGAUUGGAUUGGAUUUGGUUCUCAAUGAUAUUGAUGUGGAUAUUAAACCGGGCGAAAAGAUAGGUAUUGUUGGACGAACCGGUGCUGGAAAGUCAUCGCUAACUUUGGCUCUGUUUAGGCUCAUUGAACCAGCAAUGGGUCGGAUAGUCAUCGAUGGCAUAGAUAUCGGACGGUUAGGUCUACACGAGUUGCGCUCUCGGCUAACAAUUAUACCUCAAGAACCCAUACUAUUUUCGGGUACAAUUCGCUUCAAUUUGGAUCCGUUUGGCCAGUUUUCCGACGAUCACUUGUGGACAGUGUUAGAACAGUUGCAUCUCAAAGAGUUUGUUGCCGCCAGUGAUCGGGGACUCGACUGGACGGUCGCCGAAUCGGGUGAUAACAUGAGUGUUGGUCAACGACAGCUCAUAUGUCUGGCACGGGCUCUGUUACGUAACACUCGUGUCCUUAUCCUCGAUGAGGCCACGGCUGCCGUCGACGUCGAAACCGAUGCACUCAUACAGCAAACCAUACGUCAAGAGUUUAGGUCGUCGACUGUCCUAACGAUUGCCCACCGAAUCAACACAAUUAUGGACUCCGAUCGGGUGUUAGUCCUCGACAACGGACGGGUAGCCGAUUUUGCGGAACCCGAUGUUUUACUAAAAAACAAUUUGUCGAUUUUUUAUACACUGGCCAGAGAUGCCGGUGUUAUAUGA